AUGCUGCCGCGGCGACUUCGCAAGAGCCGCUGCUGCAUCGCCCUUCUCAGCGUGGUCGGCCUCAUCAUCCUCCUAUUAGCCGCGGGAGGCGUCUUCGGAAUCAAAAAGCUUAGGAUCACGCCUCUGGAUGGAAAAUCACCGCCAUGGUAUCCCACGCCCAGGGGAGGCACGGUUCGCCAAUGGGCCGACAGCUACGAAAAAGCAGCCGAGAUGGUGUCCAAGAUGACGCUGCCGGAAAAGGUCAACAUCACGACGGGCACCGGAUGGAGCAUGGGCCUUGCUGUGGGCAACACGGCGCCGGCAGUUCACGUUGGAUUCCCUGCGCUGGCUCUCCAAGAUGGACCGCUGGGCAUCCGUUUUGCAGACAAUGCAACGGCUUUUCCCGCUGGCAUCACUGUCGGCGCGACGUGGAACAGGGAGCUCAUGUAUGAACGCGGCAAAGCUCACGCACUGGAAGCUCGCGGCAAAGGAAUCAAUGUGCUGCUGGGUCCUGCCAUUGGCCCCUUGGGCAGGAUGCCCGCUGGCGGACGCAACUGGGAGGGCUUCGGCGCGGAUCCGUAUCUCCAAGGCAUUGCUGGCUCUCAGACCAUCAAAGGCAUCCAGGACCAGGGCGUCAUGGCCACCAUCAAGCACUUCAUCGCCAACGAGCAGGAGCAUUUCCGCCAGGCGUGGGAAUGGGUGCUGCCAAACGCCCUCUCGUCCAACAUCGACGACCGCACCUUGCACGAGGUGUAUGCCUGGCCGUUUGGCGAUGCCGUCAAGGCCGGCGUUGCCAGCGUCAUGUGCUCCUACAACAUGGUCAACAAUUCGUACGCCUGUGGCAACUCCAAGCUGCUCAAUGGCAUUCUCAAAGACGAGCUGGGCUUCCAGGGCUUUGUCAUGUCGGACUGGCUGGCGCAGCGAUCGGGCGUGGGAAGUGCCUUGGCUGGACUGGACAUGAGCAUGCCGGGAGAUGGCCUGCGUUGGCAAGAUGGCAAUUCGCUCUGGGGGCCUAACCUCUCUCGUGCUGUCCUAAAUGGCUCACUGCCCCUUGAACGACUUAACGAUAUGGUUGUUCGCAUAGUGGCGUCGUGGUAUCAGCUUGGGCAGGACGAUACGUCUCUGUUUGACAGGAAAGGGCCCAACUUUUCUUCGUGGACAAAUGACAAGAUGGGUGUCACAUCACCCGCUAGUUCAUCGCCUCAAGAUAAGAUUGAAGUCAACAAAUUUGUUAAUGUGCAAGCCAAUCAUUCGACCCUGUCUCGUCAGAUCGCUACAGAGGGGACCGUUCUGCUCAAGAACGAAGGUGUUCUCCCUCUUAGCUUUAAUGGUGAGCUGAGUGGUAACCAAAAGCCGAACAAAAGAGAUGACAAGGUGAAGAUUGGCAUUUUCGGAGAAGACGCAGGUCCUGGCGAUGGACCUAAUUACUGCGAAGACAGAUCAUGCAACCAAGGCACUCUUGGUUCUGGCUGGGGAAGCGGCGCGGUCGAGUUUCCUUACCUGGUAUCGCCGGUCGAGGCUCUCCGGGGCAAAUUCAACAAAGAAAAAGUCCAGCUCACGGAGCAUCUAAAGAAUGAUAAGCCAGCAGCAGAUGUCGUCAAAAACCAAGACAUAUGCUUGGUCUUCAUCAACUCUGACUCCGGCGAGGGGUAUCGCAGCUGGGAGGGAGUUCGCGGCGACCGCAACGACCUCUUGGUGCAAAAGGGCGGCGAAAAGCUCGUCACUGAAGUUGCAGCCAACUGCGGCGGCGGAUCAGGAACAACAAUAGUCAUUAUUCACUCUGUUGGGCCUGUGACUGUCGAUGCUUGGAUCGAUCUACCCAGUGUAAGGGCACUUAUUUCUGCCAACUUGCCCGCCCAGGAGAGUGGAAACGCCCUCGCAAGCAUCAUAUUUGGCGAGGAGAAUCCAAGUGGCAAGCUCCCAUACACUAUUGGCAAGUCUCUCAACGAUUAUGGAGAAGGUGGACAAAUCAUGUAUUUGCCAAACGGAGCUGUCCCGCAGCAAGAUUUCAAUGAGGGCCUCUACAUUGACUAUAGACACUUUGACAAGUAUGAAAUCGAACCACGCUACGAAUUUGGAUUCGGACUUUCAUAUGCUCGGUUUGAUUACAACAAUCUCCAAGUUGCCGGGGCCAAACCAACGUCACCUCUGCCAGAUGAGCGACCAGCACCAGAGGUUGAGCCGCCGCAAUUCCCCUCCACCAUUCCCGAUGCUAAAGAGGUAUUGUACCCGGCGAGCAUUCGUAAACUGAAAAAAUACAUCUACCCAUACAUUGAAUCUGUCGACGACAUCGAAAAGGGCAAGUAUCCUUAUCCUGACGGCUACGACGUGCAGCAGCCCCUAUCCGGUGCAGGAGGCGGCGAAGGUGGCAAUCCAUCGCUGUGGGAGCCCCUCGCAACUGUGACUGUCGACGUGACCAACUCAGGACAACGUGGUGGUAAAGCCGUCCCCCAGCUCUACCUCUCGUACCCCGAGUCAGACACGGUCGACUUUCCUGUCAGGGUUCUGCGCGGAUUUGACAAGCUACUCAUUGCAGAGGGAGAAACGAAGACGGUGGAGUUUGUGCUGACGAGGAGAGAUUUGAGCUACUGGGACGUAGAGAGACAGAACUGGGUUAUCCCAGAUGGGCAGUUUACGUUUGCGGUUGGAGAGAGCUCGAGGGAUUUGCGAGUUACCGGCACAUGGUGAUGUAAAAAGUAAAAGUUUCAAAAGGGGCAUCGAGAUGCUAUUUGGAUAUUGACGUACAACAAGAUAGAAGGAUACAAACAAAGACACUUGUACACAAGGAUUC